UUUUUUGAAAAUGUCACACGAAGGGGAGGAUCCCGACGAUCAGAAACACAUUUAAAGAUGCAUCCAUCUCCUGAACGUUCACAAGAUUCUGAGCUCACACGGUGGAUCUGAUCUGAGCUGGACGUCUGAAGAUGAUUGUGUUGCUGUGUUUGUCUGCUCUGUUUCCCGUCUCGAUGGGCACCGGUGAGAUCAAAUCAGAUUGUUUUCUUCCAAGAGACUGCUCUGAUGUUUAUUCGGGUGGUAAAAAUGGCAGCGGUGUGUACACCAUCACCACUGAGAGCGGACGGGUGCAGGUUUACUGUGAGAUGAUCCCCGGUAAACAGAACGACAGAGGACACUGGACGGUGUUUCUCAGGCGAAAAGAUGGCGAGCUGAAUUUCUUUAGGCCCUGGGACAGUUAUAAAAAGGGUUUUGGUAAUAAAGGCGGCGAACACUGGCUGGGUGUAGAGGUCCUUCACCAGCUGACGUGCAGAUAUCAGUAUAAACUCAGAGUAGAUGUGGAGGACUUUCAAGGGCAGAAGGCUUACGCUCUGUACCAGUCGUUCUCGGUGAGCUCUGAGGCUGAUGGGUACAGACUGCGUGUGAGCGGCUUCGUAAACGGAGGAGCAGGUGACUCUUUGAGUUAUCACAACGGGAUGAAGUUCUCCACCUUCGAUCAAGACAGAGACCUUUCAGCAGAGAACUGCGCUUUAAAAUACUUUCAAGGAGGGUUUUGGUACAACAGAUGCUAUCUCGCGACCCCUACCGGCCCCUAUUUGUGGCAGAAAAACAGUAAAGAGCGGGAUUUUGGAGUCACCUGGAAGACCUGGAGAAACAACUGGAAUUCUCUGAAGUCCAUCACCAUGAAGAUCAGACGUGUGUUUUAGAGCAGGGCUGACCGGCGCUUCCUUCAGCUUGCGCUCACCUCCAUGCCUUCGUGUGGAUCUGUCUUAAAGUAGGGUGACACGCAUGUCCCUCGCUUCCCCCAUAACCGAAUUUUAUUGAAUUAUCUGAAACUGUUUCAGCCAUACGCUGCGAAAAAGUCAUGAAUCAUUGAAAUCGCUCAAUUGUUUUGAAGGUAAAUGGUUGCAAACAAUUAGUUUAGCUACAUUUAAAUAAACUAAUUUAGUUGACUGACUGUUUUUAUCACCUUAAAAAAAUUAGCAAAUUAAAUGAAUAAUUUUUUCAGUCUUGCAAAAUUUGACAGAUGCCUGUAAACUGUGUUUUCGUGCCGCAUGACGACCGCUUGCUCGCUCAGCACCAGCUUGUUGGAUUUUGAAGCAAUAAAAGCAAUUUUACCCGA